AUGUCUGCAUCCGCAGAGCCUUUCUAUCUCCGGUAUUAGUAUGUUCCGCUGGUGGUCAGACAGUUCUUUUCCGCCUUUCCCGCACCGCACUGCAAGACGCACUUGAGCAAUAGACUGACGUGUGUCCAGCUCCGGACAUUCUGGACGAUUUGGCCAUGAAUUCUUGGGUAUGCUUGCCUCUGACCUACCACUCAGCCGGCUUCUCCUGACAUGGCCCCAGAAUUUGACUUCCGCGUUGUGGGCGACGGCCGCUCUGCGAUAGCACGAUAUGCAAACAACUCGAAUUACCGCAACGAUUCCCUGAUUCGAAAAGAGAGUACGCCUGACCUAUGGACUCGCAUUCCUCCUCUUGAUGGGAUUAUUGGCCUGACUCUCUUGCAGUGUGUGUGAGCACGCUCAUGGUUGAGGAGAUCAAGCGCAUCAUCAAGGACAGCGAGAUCACAAAGUAUGCCAGCACUUCCCACUCUCACCAACAUAGUCUCUGGAUGCUGAAGCUCCGUGUGUAGGGAAGAUGACACGAAGUGGCCUCAGAAGAACAAGGACGGCAGACAAGAACUGGAAAUCCGUCUCGGUGGGGAGCACAUUUCGUUUGAGGUCAGCUUUGCCAAAGCUACGCAUUAGCGCCUAUACUGACUUGCCGGAUGGCGAUAGACUGCGAAGAUCGGCUCGUUGGUGGACGUGAACGAGUCGGAAGACCCUGAGGGUCUUCGCGUUUUCUAUUACCUUGUUCAAGACCUGAAGGCUCUGGUCUUCUCAUUGAUCUCGCUGCACUUCAAGGUCCGUUUGCGUUGUGCCUUUCUAGAGGUUAUGACACUUUGGCUAACUAUGCCUUAGAUCAAGCCAAUCUGAGCAAGUACGACGCCAGAAAUAUCGAGCAGAUGGAAUGCUAUACUUUACAGGCUCCAUCGAAUUACGACAUUUGA